GCUCAUUGCUUAGUAGCGAGGGAAUAUUCACACCAGGACUUUCCUGGAUGAAUCUGGCCGCAAUUACAGCCUGCCCUGGAAGUAUAUGGCCGCAAUUAUGACUCGUUUUUCACUUACUGCCUCCUAAAUACUUUCUCAGAGCGCGCUGCUGCUGCAGUCCUAAAGCUAAGUACGGCCUAAGGAUUCAGAGGAGACGUAGCCUCUGAGAGAGAGACAGAGAGACAGAGAGACACACACAGAGAGAGAGAGAGAGAGAGAGAGAGAGAGAGAGAGAGAGAGAGCCAUUGAGAAGAGAGAGAGAGAGAGAGAGAGAAAGAACAGGAGUCGUAACGCUUAAGGCCUGAGGAAACUAGGAGGAGAGGUUCUACCGCGGAGAUCCACACAGAGAUAGAUAGAUAGAUAGAUAGAUAGAUAGAUAGAUAGAUAGAUAGAGAGAGAGAGAGAGAGAGAGAGAGAGAGAGAGAGAGAGAGAGUUCCUUGUGUCAUGGAGGAGAAAACUUGGAUGUUCUGAAGAAGACGACGUGGAACGAUAGGAGGAGGGACGAAGGAGGAGGAGGAGUAGCGUGACCGUGAAGAUGGCAGCUAUGGCGGAUGCUAAGGCACGUAUCCGGUUGAGGAAAGCUGUGUGUCUUCUUCUCUGCCUCUCGCACUUGACAUUCCUGGCUAUGGCAGACGAGUAUGUGAGGCCUGGUCUCCGUCCUCUUGUGAGCAUUUUCCAUGGUGAACGACCCGAAAGCGAGCCGCAACAGGUGCACGUGAAUUUGGCGGGACACAAUCGGGCCGGCGUUUCUUAUGUGACCUCGAGGCGAAUGAAUGCUCCAUCCAUCGUCUACUAUGGGACUCAGCCAGGCCUGUACACGUGGCAAGCGGAGGGGUCACACAAUUCAUACACAUUUGUGGAUUACUCGUCGGAAACUAUUCAUUACGUUAUCAUCGGCGUCGAGCAGCCGCUGGAACCUUAUCGUAAAUAUUAUUAUAAAUGUGGAAACGGAACUAAGGAGUACAGUUUCACCAUGCCACCCCCGCUGGGCCCAGAUGUCCCAAUUAAGUUCGGACUUGUCGGUCCCGUUGUACCAGUGGAAAGCUGACAAGUGCGGCAUCACACACAUUGUCGUGGGCGAUGGAGGGAACAGGGAAGGCCUUUCCAGAAGCUACAUGUUCCCAGUGCCCUCCUGGUCUGCCAAGAGAGAAGCAAGCUUCGGCUUCGGAACGUUGGAUAUUGUUAAUGCCACGCACGCAAAAUGGUUGUGGCACAGAAAUCAAGACACGAAGGUGGAGUAUGGCGAUGAGACGUGGUUUCAAACCAUGGGCGAUCCGACGCAUCCCUGCCACCAUAGCUCAUACGAGGAGGAGGACGUGCUGACUCUGCGGUCUCAGCAUCGGACGGUGGAGAUGUGACAUGCUAAUGUUGAUUGUGAUAUGGAAGGUUGACUUCAACGCUCGCUGGUCGGAGGAUGUGCUGAAUCUGGGCACUCUGGAUUGUACGGCAGGGAUCGGAAGCUGACGUUGACUCUGAUGAUGUUGGCUUUGACUUUUGAUGUUGAAGUUGUUGGCGAGGAUAUGGCUCUGACGUUGACUGGUCAGAGAAUGCGGCGAAUCUGGUCACAGUGGAUCAUAUGGCAGAGGUUCAAAGUUGAUGUUGACUCUGACUUUGUAUCUGAUUGUGACUUUGAUGUUGACUCUGACAAAGACUCUGAUGUUGGGUCUGGCAUUGUCAGAAGAUGCGACGAAUCUGGUCACUCUUGGAUUAUCCGGGUGAGAUGUGAAGCAGGCGGUGACGUCGACGUUGAUGUUGACUGUGAUGUCGAUAUCGAUGUUGACUUUGAAAUUGACUUUGCCGUUAACUUUUCGGAUGAUGUUACGAAUCUGGUCACUUGCUAUCAUACGGCGGCAGAGAUCAGAAAUUGAUGUUGACUCUGUGACGUUGAUCUAAGGUUGACCCCGAUCUGGAAUCCGACGUUGACUCUGAUGUGUGGUUCGAUGUGGUCAGAAGACGAUACAUUGAAUCUGGCAACUGUUUUUCAUGGGGCAGAGAUUUCAAGCUGCUGUUGACUCUGAUGCUGAAGUUGAUGUUGACUUUAACGUUGACUCUGACGUUGACUGGUCAGACGAUACGUCGAAUCUGGUCACUCAGGAUCGUACGGCGGAGAUCCAAAGUUGUGUUGACUCUGACGUUGACUCUGAUGUUGACUCUGACAUUGACUUCUCAGCGUGUGGUUUCGAUUCUUGGUAAGUUCUGAAAGAUGAUGUCAACGGAAAUAGGAGGAAGCUAUGACAAAAGCUAUGGCGGAGUCUUCGAGAAGGUCGUCAGGUAUGACGAGGGAGAAGGGAGGAGCCAUAGUUACUGAGCAAAAACACAAGGAAAAAAAGAGGACGAAGAGGAAGAGGAGGAGGAGGAGGAGGAGGAGGUGGAGCAGGAAGAAGAAGUAAUGCGAGUAGUCUUGUUUUCCAGAUGGAUAGCUAAGCAAUCAGCUCUUGGGAAUUUUGCUUUGGGCUCAAGCAAGAACCUGUGUAUGGAAGACUGUGUAACAUACAUUGCAAGGGAGUAGGGGAAGUGGACGGAGUGUAAGGGUAUCCCAGCAUUGCUACUAACUGACUGAUUGUGACCACAAUUAAGGUAAAAUUCAUUCAGGCAAGUGUAUGUCUCUCUUUGAAGUUGGCUAUGUAUAAAAGUGUGUCAGAGCCGUUUGACUUCGAUGACAGGCAUGUUUUCAGUUAUUGCGCAGCAUGCAUUUUUGUAGGAGAGGAGGACGCUUGGGGGGAUAUAGAGGGAAGGAUGGCGAGGGAAGAGGGAAGGGAGAGGAGGUUGGGGGGAGGGUGUGAGGAGCGGGAGGAGGUUGGGGAGGAGAGAGGAUUCAAGUCCCUGGCGCCUGAGGGGGCGGGACAAUGAAAUGUGCAUCAAAUCAAAUGCAAUGAAUGUGAUGCUCUGGGUGAGGAUGACUGACAGCCAGCAUUGGCUGACGUCAGUGCCAGCUGUUGUCCGAUCUGGCCUGGAUAUCAGUGAUCUCUGCUAUCAAGAUGAAAUGACAUCUUCAGCCCUGUCAGAGUGUCAGUCCUGACCUAGCUGAUGGAGGAUGCAUAGAUGGUCUGAGCACACAUUUGGAGCUUGAAAUCUGACGGUGCACGCAACAGCACUGUGCAGAUUUGUCCCAGUGUCAAUUCUGAUAUGGUCGAUACGGGAUCCUUCGCAGCAUCCACAUUCUGAUCGCUGGUUUGGAACUCGAAAUCCGAUGGUACACUGCAGGUGGCAGCGGCGAUCGGACCUGUCAGAGUGUCAGUUCUGAUGGGUUGAUUGAGGAUGCAGCGAUGUCUGAGCACUUGUUUGAGCUUGAAAUCCGAACUUGCAGGUGGCGGGAGUGGUGUUCAGCCUGUCGACGUGUCAGUUCUCAUCUGGUCGAUACAGGAUCCAUCGUAGCAUCCACGUUCAGAGCGCUUAUUUGAAGCUUGAAAUCGGACGACACAGGUGGUAGCGGUGAUCGGACCUGUCAGAGUGUCAGUUCUGACCUGGUUGAUUGAGGAUGCAGCUAUGGUUUGAACACUUGUCUGGAGCUUGAAAUCCGAGCUUGCAGGUGGGGGCGGUGUUCAGACCUGUCAGUCCGUCCUGACCUGUUCGUGCAAUUCUAUUCUCCAGACAGACAAUAUUCGGAGAGGGAGGACAGGUGGGAGGAGGAGAGGUGGGAGGCAGAGGAGAGGAAUACGGAAUGAAGAGAAGGAGAUGGGCAAAAGAAAGGGAUGGAGGAGGGAGGAGGUGUGGGAGAGAUGUGACUUCAGGGAUGGCGAUUGACUGGACGGAGGCCGGAAUAGGGUACUACAGGGAUUGAGGAUAGGGAGAUUGACUUACGUCGAAAGAUGGAGAUGCCUGCAGUAUUUGUGUGUGAUAUUUAGAAUUUUAGACAUAGUAGGGAAGAGAACUGGUUGAAGAGUAUCGUCUAUGGAUAGGAGAGGAAAAGGUAGGUGUUUAUGAUUUGUUGCUGUUUGAACUUGGUUAUAUAUAUUCUGUGUGCACCGCUUGCUGUAUCCUGUA